AUGGCGGCGCGAAUGAAGCCGUGUGUGGUGCGGCGGGGCGACGGGCGCGAGCAGCACGGGCUGGCCGCCUCCUGCCUGCGGGAGCUGCGCGACAAGGCUGGCCGCGCUCUGGAUAUCGGCGAGGACGGGCGGCCCAUCACCUUGGUGCUGGCGGAGGAUGGCACCAUCGUGGACGACGAGGACUACUUCCUGUGCCUGCCAUCCAACACCAAGUUCGUGGCGCUGGCCAAAGGCGAGAGGUGGUCCGGGAAGAGCGCAGAAUGCAGAUCGACCUGGCUCUCAGAGCCUGCGGACGAAGUGGACAGCGGUGCAGAGAGGUGGAGGCAGCUGGCCCGGCAGCUGAAGGGUGACCUGUCCAACAUCAUCCUGAUGUCUGAAGAAGACCUGCAGGUGCUUAUUGAUGUACCAUGUUCGGAUCUGGCAGAGGAACUUGCCCAAAGUCAAGCCAAAACCCAGGUAUUGCAGGACACCCUGCAGCAGGUGCUGGACAGACGAGAAGAGGAACGUCAGUCAAAGCAGCUCCUGGAACUCUACUUAGAGGCCUUGAAAAAUGAAGACAACAUCUUAAGCAAAGUAGCAGAGUCUGAGAGUGCACCAGGAAAGGAGAUGGAUGUGGUUGACACAGGUUCCAGCAGUGCAGGGACUUCAGCCAGAACAGCCCUCAGUGAUCAGAUCUUUGCAGUUUUAAAAGAGAAACCUGCCCCAGAGCUCUGCUUGGACAGUCAGACUCUAGAGCUGGUGGUGAAAGAAGACACACAAACCCUGGCUGCAGCUUUAGGCUGGGACAAGCAGAAAGCUGAAGCUGUACAACAAGCCUGUGAUCAGGAGCUCUGCAAGCGUCUACAGCAAGUGCAGACUUUGCACUCCCUGAGGAGCGCAUCAAGGGGCAAGAAAGCACUGCCUUGUGGAGAUGGGCUUAGUUCAAAACGCAGAAAAUAACACUGUAGUUCUGCCUCAAGUGUCAGGGAAAUGCAAGUAGUUGUCGGUUGCAUUUUUUUAAUUUUUUUUUUUUAAUUAGAACCAACAGAAAUAAGGUAUGUCCUGGGAGCCAUGGUUUGCUGGUCAUACUGUGGUCUGGCUGCAGAAAACUCAAAUUUGGAUGUUGUCCUGAGGCAUAAAUACUUGUGAUGAUUCAAAUCAUGUGUAACCAAAGGGAUUUGGAUUUUUUGCAGAGUAGUAAAACAAUGGUAUUGCUAAACACAGCGUGUAAGAGUUGAGCUUUGAAUAGCUCGUUGGGGUAGGAGCCAGAAAAUUCCAUCUGAUAAUGCUGAUCUAGCUCUGAAGCCUCAGGCAGUCUGCUCACCUUCCCACAAUUUUCAGCAGAAAGGAUGAAAAUUAUUUACAUCGUUAAUGAACAGAAAGCAGGCAUUUUGAUCAUUGCUCACUGAACACAGAACGUUUGGGUUUUUUGGGGGGUUGGGUUUUUUUGAGGGAUUUAUUGUGAUACUAGCAUUGGGCAGUUUUUCCAGCUGCUUCCUUUAAUCUCUAGCCUGGCAUCUAGGCACUUGGAAUUCUCAUGCUAAUCUUACCUGUUAAAGUAAAAUCAAAACCUCUUCUGUGUUUUUGUUGUGGUUAUGGGGAAUUUUUUGUUUGUUUAUUUUUCGUGUAAAAAAACUCCUGCAUCUUUCAAUGUAGUGCAAGCACUAAUUUGUAGAACAGCUAAAAUGGAAAUGCUUGUUUUGAAUGGCUGUAGGGCAGAAGACUUGUAUUUGGCUGGUCUGUAUUCUAACCAUUGGUAUAUCAUCAUGACAGCUCUGCAUUAACCUGCUUGUUUUUAAAUUGAAUGAAUUCUCAUGUCUUUAAAACUUUUUUGUACUAAAAUGUUGGAUUAGUUUUGAUGUGGCUGCUAUGAUUAAAGAAUGUGCCAGUAAGUAUAGUAUUAUGUUAAGGACUGUAGAACUUAAAUACAGAAGUGUUCCCUAUUUUACUCACUCAAAAAUGUUGUGGAAGUACAGCUGCAUUCACUCCGCUGUGAACAUUACACCAGAACUCUCCAUCUUGGGAGAUGGACAUGAAAUAAUCUGAAAGGUAAGACAGAACCUAAUGUUUCUAUAGCUAUCGAUGUUUUCUGUUACCACACAAAACCCACUGACUGAAACAUAACUUCAAAUGGUGCAGGCUGCCUCCUGCUAAGUACUGCUACAGCAGGCAUUCAGAUGAACCCGCUGUAUGUAGGUUUGAGUUGGAUUGUGGCACAUACAAAGUCAGACUGCCUGUGUAAUUAAUGUGUAUCCUUGCCAGUUCAGUGCCUCUGGGCAAGAACCCACUGAGACUUGACUGGAAUUGGAGGGAAGCUUGCAGUCACUUUCUUGAAGCCUGUUUUGCCAAGGCACAUAAUUGCUUCAUACAGUAUAUAUUUCUGGCUUGUAACAUUGCAGGCCAUGGCAGGUAAAAGAGUUUCCUGCUGUUUUUAAUAGCUACUUAUUACAGUCUUUUUAUGUUCAAGCCUUUAUGAAAGAGCAUAUACAGCUGUCCAUAAACAAUUUUUGAAGCAUGCUCUAUUACGCUCAAAGCUCAUGACACUGGGUGCACUAGGCAUACCAGCUGUCAGCAGGCUUUUCUGUGAGCUCAUGUCUCGCAUUCUUCCUGUUAUCAACUAGUUUAUCAAUCUUGCUCAAGGCUGCAAUACUUUGCUUUUUUUCCUAGCUCAGCUAAGCAAUGGAAAUCCUGCUGCUUGUGCUGUACAAGAGGAAAGGAGGAUUUUACCCGGAGCUUUUUCACAUGCACCUAAAAUAACAGCAUAAUUACUGACAUCCUGCAUGUAUUAGGAGUAUUGAACUCACCUACUUCAGGCAAAUUCUGAGCUGGAAGUCACAGAGACCAUGCUGAUACUUCUUGUAGAAGGCAGUGAUGGUCCUUCAAAUCUGACUUUAAGAAGAAAACAAAUAGAGGCUUUCACUGCUUUCUCCUUUUUUCUGUUACCAAGGUUAGAACUUAGAUGCCUGCAAGUUAUUCAAUAUUGCAGUUCUUAAACUUCAGAAUUAAAUUAUUAACUGGGCCUACCAUAGUAUGAUUUAAACAGAUACUUUUUUCCUUAAUCACUCUGUUACAGUAACAAAAUAAUCAGACUUUUAUAAGCUGAUGGGGGCUGCAGUAAAGCUGAACUUUCAGGAGUAAUUUGAAUCAUCUGCAAAGAGCACAUACUUAGUACUUAACUCUCCUUAAAGCUCUGUUACAGUCAACAUUCUUCAAAUGUCUCAGUGAAAAAUGAGCAGCAAUUAGCUAAUAGGCUAACGGACUUCAGUGCUGUAUCUCAUCCCCUAAUUUCUAUGGAAAAUCAUUUUUUAAUGGUCAAGCUUAUGUACUGCUGCUUGGAUCUAUUUCAACAGUGCAAUCAAUCAAAGCUGAAAACUAAAAUACCUCAAUGGCAUUUUUAAAUGUAGCAGUUCAAUUAUCCUUAUAAAUUGGCUUUUUUUUUUUUUUUUUUUUGGGUAGCUUCUGAUCAUUCUAUUCUGAACAUCAGUUCAGAGCUAGAAUUCCCUGUCAGUGAAAACAGAGACCUGCUGCCAGAUCUAAUGUUUCUACAUCAAACAAUCACAAAACAUUUCAGUGCACAACCUCAGGCUUUCAGCCAGCACCUUCCAUGUUCCAGCAGUGUUACGUGCACAAGCAUUCAGUCAAAGUGACAAAUUGUAGCCGAGGACAACAGACAGCUGAAGAACCAUCUGCAUUAGAGACAAGUGUAGAUCAAAGCAGAAAAUGAUAUUUGGUCACUCUUUGCUUAUCUAGCAUAUGCAAAUCAGGAGAAACAAACCAUGCUCUGUAAUUUAAUUUAACACUAAAUUAGAUGUAUGUUUUAUAGAUGAAAAGUGUUUGAUUCACUUCAGCUCAUUUAAGCUGCAAGUUCCCUAACUAUGCAAAAAUUAGCAUUUCCUUGAUGAUCUUCCUUUAAGAAGUUUAAAUGUUAAAACACAGGAACUGUGCUGCACAUGAUUCAUAAGUAUGAACAUUUUAGAGGUGUUCAGGAGGCAGGGAUGCCUCACAGGUUGUGAACAUUGCCAGAAGGCAAAAGCUGGGGUGGCUGCUGCUUUGCUCUGUUAAUGGCAAAACAUUUAGACUAUCAAAGCCCCAACUUAGCCUUCAUUAUUUACAGAUCCAAGUAGACAAACCUACCUUGUAACAGAUUCCUUUCUCAGAAAUACAUUUGCCAUGAACGAGUAGCCUCAAUUAAUGGUCUUCAACACUGCAUUAAUGAUUUCUUCCUUAAAACAUCACAAACUCUUCCAUCUCCUAUAUGGUGACCAGUAUAUAUGACUAUACACAAAGCCUCAAGAAAGAAAUGUAUGAUGAUACACAAACUUCAAGAAAGUAAUGUAUAGGGGCAUUAUUUAAAAAAAUAUAUAUGAAAAGUCAAGAAACACCAGCAUUUCAAGAGGAAAAACUUCCUGUUGAAUACUGAAUCUCUACAGUUCAUCAUCAUCUAUCUAGAUUACUCUGCAUUAGUCAGUAGAAUAAUUUAUUUAAAAGAUCAUCUUAUCCCUGGAGGUGGAGCAGUUCUGGACUGGGAAACAGGAGGAUAUUUAAAAGUGCCAUUGUGAAAUAUUGAUCUGAAGGUAGGAGGAAUUAAUUUUUAGUCAGCAUUUGGUAAGCCUGCAUCAGACCGGCGGAGGGCAGUAGCGAUUUCCGACCACCACUGGGAGCCGUAAUCCACAACGUUUGGAAAGUGCCCCACAACUUCCAGAAGGUGAUUACUGUACAUCAACAAAAUCACAGGAGAGAAAUGACACAGAACAUGCUUUAAUUGUCAAGGCAACAAGAGAUAUGGCUAUGAAAAAGGAAAAUGUUUAUAAUAGCUAAACAAAUCUGUCAGAAAUGGAAGCGAGGAAGAGGUCAAAAAAUUAUUGGAGAAAUUAAAUUGUCCUUUGCAGGGAGUUGCUCAUACUGAGGUGUGAAUAUGCUCAGUGGCUAUGCCUUGCUUUAAAUUCUAUCAAUAAAGGAGUUUCUUCUUAAUAACA